GCAAUAACAUCCUUCUGUGUUGUAAGGCAUGCCAUUUCGAAGACAAACCAUGAAUUUUGGAAAUUAAUAGCGACAAUAUAUUUAUUUUAAGAUAAUUGAAAAGUGGCAAUGGCCGAUCCAGUUUCGUUAAGUUUACCUGCUUUAUCCUCGAGUGGUGUAGUGAGAUAUAAGGGAAUACCAAGGAGAUACGAAGAAACAAGACCAGUUUUUAUUCAGGGACACGCUCAUCGAAAAAUCUUAGGAAUUGGACGUGAUUUAGAGAAAAGAGUACAAGAAAAGUAUGAUGAAGAGAAACAGAGAGCAAUUAGAGAGGCAGAGCAAGCUGUGUGGGCCCAAGCUGAACAAAUGAAGGCUGCAGCUGUAUUAAAAUCUAGGGACGAGUCCUCCAUAGAAAUGGAGAGAACAAUAAAGAAGAUCAACAGACAGCACGAAAAAGCACUCAAGGAAGAGGCUCUCAAAGUUGAGAUGGCAAUGCAAAAGUUGGCUAUUGAGCAAGUCAAGCAGGAACGAGCAGAAGCUGAAGAGCGCUUAAAAGAAGCGGUGAGGAAAACAGAGGUCCGGGCUCAUCAAGAGCUAGUGGAAGCAGUGGAAAAAGCGCGCGAUGAGGAGAGGAAGAUUGCUGCUGCAGAGGCUGUCAAAGUGGCCAAGGCUGCACAAGAAAAAUUUGAAAAAGCAAUCCAGAUUGCAGCAGAAGAGAAGAAGAAAGCUCUGAAAGAACUGGAAGAGAGGAAGAAUAAAGAGAGAGAAAAGGCGGUGGCUGAAAUGGAGGUAGCACAGAAAAAGAUUGCAGCAGAACAACUGGAGAAACUAAAGAAGGAAUACGAGCAGAUCAAUGCCAGGUUAAAAGAGGAAAUCAAAGGGAAACUGGAUAUCAUAGACAAGUUAAAUCUUCAGAUCAUCUGUGUAGAAAAAGCAAAGAAAAAUGUGGAGGAUGUGCUUCACGAUACGAAAACCGAUUUUCAGGAUUUUAUUGAUCGCUUGCCAGAGUCCAUCAAAGGGCAGGUGGGAUACAUGACCCGACCUAUAUACAUUGAUGAGAUCGGCAGGGUGGCUACCAUCAUAUAGGAGCAUUCUGAGGAAAAAGGUUCAACUAUCUGCUGUUAUGUGUCUUUUUUUUCUCCUUAAAAAUUAUUGAUCUAUCCAUUAAAAAUCAACGUUACAUGGAAAAUAUGUAUCGAGUCUAAAUGUGGGGAAAACAUUCUUAAUGAGCAGUCUUGUCUAGGAUACAUGUAUCGUCGAUUAUUUGAGAGCAACUUACUAACUGAUACUGAUAAAGAUGUUAAUUGUCUUAACUUGUGAUUGCUUCAUUCAACUAUCCAUGAAUUACUUUUCAUCAAUGGUCAAGAUAGAUCCUAAGGCCAUUAUCUUCAAUAAGAAAUAGAAGAGCAUUGUAUUUCAACAAAUCGGACAAUAUCAAGCUGGAAAAGGAAUAAUGAUAAUACUCGUGUAUCUUUCUGUCUUUGGUCAGGGUUUGCUGCAUUAAUUGUCUAUUUAUUUCCCCUUUGUUUAUAAGUGAAUGUACUGGUAUGUACUUGUAGAUUUCCUGUACAUUUGACAUUGUUUUUCUAUAAAAGUAUGUCUGAUGAUGUUGUAUUUUCUAAAGUCUAUUUAUGUACAAUAUGCUUAAUGAGAUACAUGUUUGAUUUUAUCAUUUGCACUUUUAAUAUACAAAACCUAAACAACUGCUGAUUGCCUUAAUAGGUCACUUUCAUAUAUCUGUUAUAUAUUUCAUAUAUAGUCAUAUUUUAAAUAUCAAUAUACUGCUGUGAUAAACAAAUGAUGACAGUUCAUGUAUUUAUUUAUUGAUACAUCAAAAACAUACAUGUAUAUCAGAUGACAAUGUUUUAAUUGUUCCCUUUUGAUUUAUUGUUGAAAUUGCCAUAGAAGAGUUAACUGAGGUACAAGAUCACUCAGAAAUGAACACUCAGAUCUAUCAUGUUAAUUCACAGGACUACAUGAUUUUCAGAAAGAUGAAAAGAUGUAAGAGACUAUAACAGUUUUUAAGUCCUGUUUUAUGAAUGUUGAUUUACUGUCAUCUCUUUUUGUGAUAAUUGCCAUAUGUGGAUGCAAGUUUGAGACAUUAACUGUGAAUCAUAUUCUAACUUUUUUGGUACAGCAUGUUGCCUCUUCAUUUUGGAUUGUGAAUUUUCGUUUGAUAUGUAUUAAUUUAAGAUUUGUAUUAAGAUUUACAUGGGUUCACUUCAGGAAAUAUUACCUUCAAGUAGGUGAAUUGCAGCAUGCAAGAUGUACAUGUAUUCCUGCCUUACUGAACCCAUUGAUCAAUUAAGUCACAGGUUUACUAUUUUUUAUACACUUGUUUUAUUUUCUACAUGUAAUUUAUACACCAAAGCAAUAAAAGCUCUUUAUCUCUUAA